UGUUAGUUGCAAACAGGAUCACGAGAAAAAAGUAAGGUUGAUGCGAAGUAAUACUCGAUAAGAGAAGCAAUACCUUUGUCAUUUCUGUGUCCGUGCUGUUGAAAGAAACAUUUAGUCUGUGUGCUCUUGCUAAUUGUUGAAACAAAAAGAAAGCCAGCAUAAAACAGCAGCAGCAACUCCAGAGGACCGUGUGUGAAUUGUAAUUUUGUACAGUGCUGUAGAGCAUAACUUGAAAGAAGCACAACAAUAACAACAGCAGGCAACAUGGCUCAGGAAGUACAGGAUAUGCCCACAUUCAAGUGCGUGCUGGUCGGCGAUGGUGGCACCGGCAAAACAACGUUCGUCAAACGUCACAUGACCGGCGAAUUUGAAAAGAAAUAUGUUGCCACACUGGGCGUUGAGGUGCAUCCAUUGAUCUUUCACACCAAUCGAGGCGCCAUCCGUUUCAAUGUGUGGGACACAGCCGGACAGGAGAAAUUUGGCGGUUUGCGCGAUGGCUAUUACAUACAGGGACAAUGUGCCGUCAUUAUGUUUGAUGUAACAUCGCGUGUCACCUACAAGAAUGUGCCCAACUGGCAUAGGGAUCUGGUGCGUGUCUGCGAGAAUAUACCCAUUGUCCUUUGUGGCAAUAAAGUUGAUAUCAAGGAUCGUAAGGUCAAGGCCAAAAGCAUUGUGUUUCACCGAAAGAAAAACUUGCAGUACUACGACAUCUCUGCCAAAUCGAAUUACAACUUUGAGAAACCAUUCCUUUGGCUGGCCCGCAAGCUGGUCGGCGAUCCAAAUCUGGAGUUUGUGGCAAUGCCGGCACUGCUGCCACCGGAGGUCAAAAUGGAUAAAGACUGGCAGCUGCAAAUUGAGCGCGACUUGCAGGAGGCGCAGGCGACCGCCUUGCCCGAUGAGGAUGAGGAUCUAUAAGCUAUAGCUCUAUACAGAAUAUAAACAAUAAAUGAAUGAAGAAAUGCAAACAAACAGCAGACAACAGGGUUAACUAACAAUAGCAACAGCAACAGCAACAUCAGCAAGCUAAGCGAUAAAACAACAGCAGAACUGCAGCGCCGGGAUUACCAUAAGCAGCACCCACACUCACAAACCCCCCCCGCCCCUACACACCUACACUCACACACAGGCACACACACAGAGAGAGAGCAUAACUCUGGCCCCAAAUUAUUAUUAUCAUAUUGUGUAAUUACGAUUUUCGUUUAAUUUUUUUUUUUUUUUUUGUUUUUCAACUCUGCUGUCUGGUGGCAUGACAAAAUUUUGGUGGCACGCAGCAGAAUUAUGUUUUAACAGAAACUUAAAAAAAAAAAAAAAGCUUAUAUAACAUAAAAGAAAAAAAGGGAAAAAUUUGAAGAAGAAGAAGAAGAAACUAUAUAAAUAUCCAGAAUUAAUUAAGAGAAUUAAGCGUUGGUCAACGGCAGCCCAAGACACACAACUGCUGAACAGAUAUGGCUUAGAGUAAUUGUGAAAUUGACAAACUCUAAGGCAACAUUGAAACCACAACAACAACAAAGUAACAACAACAACAACAAAGUAACAACAAAUACAUCAGCAGCAGCAACAACAAAUAAAAACAAAUAAUUAUUGCGAUUAAAUGGAUAAAUAAAUAGCUAAGAGAAAUAAAAACGAAACCAGAAAGAACUAAAACGGUAUACCAAGAAA